AUGGCACAAAGGCUGGAAGAGAUCAAGGAGACUCUUCUGCUGGCUUCUCAUGCCGGUCAAACGAACAAUGUCUGUCCGCCGCAAUGGCUGGGAAGACUUUUGAACAGCGUUCCAGCGCUUUCUCUGGAAGCUGUGCCACACAAGCGACCAAACCAUGCUGACCUUCAAGGAGUCAUUGCGGAUGCAUCGCUCCAUCCGGCAAUGGAAGCAUGUCUGCACUUGAUCAAUGGCGAUCUAUACUCGGCUCACUUUCUGGUGAGAAAAGCACAAGGGGGAAGUCGAUACUUGGACUGGCUGCACGCGAUCCUGCACAAACUCGAAGGUGACUUUCGAAACGCCAAGAUGUGGUACACUGACCUGGGGAACAACAACGUCGGCGCACAAGACGGCAUGGUUGAGCAUCAAACUCCUUCGGAAGGCGGAAGAGAAAGAGCGAGGAAGUUUGUCAGGUUCCACGAGUUUUGGUUUGUUCCUGCUACCAAUGGCGGCGCUGGGGAGAGGACCGCUGCAAAGGAACUUGACCUGCAACGAUCUCAGAGCCUUUCACAUGCCUUGAGAUUGACAGCACAUCAACACACAGACCUUGUCUUCCUUGCUUCUCUAGCGUCGAAAGCUGCGUCGUCUUCUGCACUGAAAAGCAGUGACAGCAUCGCACGAGAGAAUGAAAAGCACCACAGCUCCACUACGAUCUCUGAGGACAAGAUCAAGGACUCAAAGUCGGCUUUCGAUGCCAACGAACUACAAAAUCUCUAUGCUGAGCUGCAACAAGACACCCGCUCUCAAGAGGCAGUGGGUUCACUGACGAAGUUGGAGUUGGUAUGGAUGCUGAGUUCAAUGGUUGAUGGUUUUGGAUGGAGCAGAUUCGAAAUGGAAGAGACUGUGCAGGCGUUGAAGUUAGAGUCGACGCCAGCAAAUCAGGCUGUAGAUAAAGAGCGGAAGGAUAAAGCGACAAACAUGGUUUUUAAUCCGGCACAGGGCCAGCGCAAGUUUUGA